AUUGAUGAAAGAGGUUUCCAAUUUAGAUGAAGACCUGAAAUCCUCAAGGAUCAAGAAGUAUAACAACCCAUCGCUUCAAAAUGAGGUCAAGGAAUGGCUUCUACAAGUCAUGGGCUCCAGUAUCAACGAAGAUGAACUCAGGUCCACAGACCUCGUCGAUUUCCUCAAAUCAGGGGAGGUUUUGUCACAGCUGAUAAAUUGUGUCUGGGGGGCCAAUACUCUUCCAGUGAGGAAAAGCAAAAUGGCUUUUGUUCAGAUGGAGUCAAUUGAGCAAUUUCUAAACUUUAUCAAGUCCAAAGGCGUGCCUCAGGAUGAGUUGUUUCAAACAGUUGAUCUCUAUGAACGCCAAGAUCCGUAUCAGGUAGUGAUGGCCAUACAGUCUCUAUCAAGGUUGAUUCAUAAGGAGUUUGGGGACCGAUAUCCCUUAAUUGGGCCCACCAUCGCUGCCAAACAUGAGCGCCCAAAAGUCCCUCCGAAACCAAAAAAAUUCUCGGCUAAUAGUGGGGCUGCUUGGAGUACUAUUGAGUACGGUUAUAUGAACGGAAGUAAUCAGAAGACGGAAAACAUUGUUUUCGGCGCGAGAAGAGACAUUGUUAGACGUUGAAUUCCAGAGCUAUAUAUAAUCAUUUAUACGAUCCACCUCAUGAACGUUAGUCAGAAACUUGUCUAAAUGAAAUGUCUCGACCUCAUUAGCAGACAUUUCCAAGUUGCCCAGUGUUAUAAGAUUUAUGUUAGAGCUAAGUUGCUUCAGUACAUGGAAUAUACUUUCCUCUGUCCGAACUUGGAUGACUUGGUGUGAGUUUCUUUGCACAUUGAACCUUGAUAAAAACUCUGAUUUAUCAACCGAAGGAUGAAGAAUAACAGUGAGGUUUGGAUAUUCAUUCAGAUAAGCAGCACUGAAAAAGUCAAGAUCCUUUUGCGUGAGAACUAGUGACACAAAUUGACCAUUGCUCUUGCUGGCUUCAGAUGUCUUUGCAGGUUCUUCGAAAAGCCCAGGAUUAAUCGUCUUCAACGCCCAGGCACCACCAAUUACCAAUCCAGCAACUACUGUCGCUGCAACGGCACGUGUCCAGAGUUUUCUUGAGUUUCUUGACAUCCCAUGAAUCAAAUGUCUGGCUUG